CCGGGUGGGCGCGCGGGGAGCAGCGCUGCGCCCAUGGCGGCCGGGCCCGGCGCCGCGCUCUGCCGCCUGCAGUACCUGGACGACAGCGACCCCUUCUCGUGCGCCAGCUUCCCGGAGCCGCGCCGCGCGCCCGUCCACCCGCUGCCGGAGGCGCUGCCGCUGGGCGCCCAGCUGCCCGCCCUGCACCGCCUGCUGGGCGCGCCCCUGCCGCUGGCGGACUGUACGCUGCAGGUCUCACCAUCUGGACAGUACCUGGAUCUUGAUCUGUCCCUGCUGGAGCAGAAGGAUGAGCUGGAAGGAUUCUACGAGGAGAUCAGCAAAGGGAGGCGGCCAACUCUGAUCCUGCGCACGCAGCUCUCUGUCCGAGUCCAUGCCAUCCUCGAGAAGCUGUACAACUCCCAGGGGCCGGAGCUGAGGCGCUCCCUCUUCUCCCUCAAGCAGCUCUUUCAGGAGGAUAAAGACCUGGUGCCGGAGUUCGUGAACUUGGAGGGGCUGACAUGCUUGAUCAAAGUGGGGGCCGAGGCCGACCAGAACUACCAGAACUACAUCCUGCGAGCGCUGAGCCAGAUCAUGCUGUUCGUGGACGGGAUGUUGGGCGUGAUCGCACACAACGAGACCGUGCAGUGGCUCUACACGCUCUGCGGGAGCUUGUACCGCCUGGUGGUGAAAACGGCGCUGAAGCUGCUGCUGGUGUUCGUGGAGUACACGGAGUCCAAUGCCCAGCUCCUCAUCCAGGCUGUCAACACGGUGGAGCAGGCUAGAGGUGCGUAUCCAUGGUCCAACCUGGUUGCAAUCUUAGAGGAGCGCAAUGGGGCUGACACGGAGCUGCUGGUGUUCGCGAUGACACUUAUCAACAAGACGCUGGCAGCCCUCCCGGACCAGGACUCGUUCUACGACGUGACAGACUGCCUGGAGCAGCAGGGGAUGGAGCGCAUUGUGCAGCGCCACAUACACAACAAGGGUCUGGAUCCUGACGUGAAGCAGCAGUUUGCAAUCUACGAAAGCUCGCUCAAACACGAAGAUGGAGUGGAAGAGCUGCCACCAGGGGUGCGCAAGGAGCGGAGGAAAACAGACGAGAACCGGCGGGGCCGGCGCUCCCUGGGUGGCAACGUGGAUGCUGGAGCCGGUGCAAGCUCCCCAAGCCCAGCCGUGGAGGACAACAAGCUGCCUGAGCCCUCCAGCCCCCCGAGGGAACCCACUGCCGAGACGGUGACGGAGAGCAGCCCAGCUCCGCCCUGCUUCGAGAGUGUUUACAACAGCACGUCCAAUGUGCGGCUCUCUGCGCCGGCCUCCCCGGAGGAGAGGGAGCACCCCAGCCUGGGGGAGAGGAGCGUUUUCAAACUUCACCAAACUGCCCCUGUUUGGCGAGAGGAGAGCCCCCCUUUGCGUGGGGACAAGCCCGUUCUGAGGAAGUUUGAAGCUCGCUUCUUGGAAAACCUGGCUUCAUCCCAAAAGGAGAGGCUGUCUGCGAUGUCCAAGGAGCGGCUUGACAUCCUCGCCGAAGCCAUUCCAGGGGGUGGCCAGCUCAGCCCAGAGCCACCUCCAGCAGGGAGGCUGGUGCUGAGCGAGGAGAAGGAGCAGAAUGAGACGGCGAAGGAGCAGGAACCGCGCCUGCCAUCCGUCGGGAUCGCUCCGCAGAGGGACGAGAAUGGAGGCGGCACAUCAGGGCGCUGUCCCCCCCCAGAGGAGAGCGCCACUCCCUGCCGCUCCAUCUCCUCAGACAAGAAGCUGAUGCGCGACGCGCUGUUUGCCAAAAGCCAAGUGGAGCCAGAGCUGGACCUGCUCAUCCCUGAGGCGUCAGCCUCUGCCCAGCGCCACCGAGUGGCUGGGGACCAGCCGAGCCAGGCAGAGCUGCAAGGCAGUCGGGACCUGGAGAACGCCAGGCCCCAACGCCAGGCCCCUGACGGGCAGGUCUCCAGCGCCCAGACCCGGCUCCCGCGCACCCAGUCCAGCGUCGAGGCAGAAGCCAAUGCUCAGAACGUGGAGCGGGCCCUCCUGACCCCAUUUAAAAAGGACUUUGAGUUCAUGUGGGAUCGUCUGGAGCCCGGCCCCUUGCAGCUGAAGAUCAAAGACCUGGACUUCUCAGACCUGGGUGAAGAGGAAGAUUUUGAUGCCUUAGAGCAAGGGGCAGUAGGAAAUGACUCGUUCCAUGUGCCUCCCCCACCCCCUCCUGGCAUUGAGGCACUGACUGCGGGAGGCCUCCUGGCUCCCCCACCGCCACCCCCUCCUCCUAGCUGCCCCCCACCCCCCGGCUGUCCGCCCCCCCCACCGCCUGUUCCUGGCUGCCCACCCCCUCCUGCGUUGCUGGGCCCCCCUGCACCAGAUGGCCGUUCCCCUGCCAAGAAGAAGAAGACGGUGAAACUCUUUUGGAAGGAGCUGAAACACCCCAGUUCCCACGCUGGGGCUGGCCGCUUUGGCCGGGGCACCGUGUGGGCAUCCCUGGAGAGAGUAGAGAUUGACGCGGCCAAGCUGGAGCAUCUCUUUGAGUCCAGAGCGAAGGAAGUGCUGAGUUCCAAGAAAGCUGCUGACGGGAAGAAGUGCACGGCAGUCCUCGACCCCAAGAGGAGCAAUGCCAUUAACAUCGGCCUGACGGUGCUGCCGCCCGCUCACAUCAUCAAGACGGCCAUUCUCAACUUCGACGAGUUCGCCAUUAACAAAGAAGGGAUUGAGAAAAUCCUGACCAUGGUUCCCACCGACGAAGAGAAGCAGAAGAUCCAGGAGGCGCAGCUCGCCAAUCCCGACCUCCCCCUGGGCUCAGCCGAGCAGUUCCUGCUCACCCUCUCCUCCAUUAGCGAGCUCACGGCUCGGCUCCAGCUGUGGGCGUUCAAGCUGGACUAUGAGAGCAUGGAGCAGGAGAUCGCGGAGCCUCUGUUUGACCUGAAAUUGGGGAUGGAACAACUGGCCAAAAACCAGACCUUCAAGUGUAUCCUGGCUACUCUGCUGGCCAUGGGGAACGUCCUCAAUGGCUCCCAGAGCCGGGGCUUCGAGCUCAGUUACCUGGAGAAGGUCUCGGAGGUGAAGGACACCGUGCACCGGCAGUCUCUGCUGCACCACCUGUGCCACGUGGUGGUGGAGAGGUUCCCCCAAACCAGCGACCUCUACUCGGAGAUCGCAGCCAUCACCCGCUCAGCCAAGGUUGACUUUGACGAGCUGGCGGAAAGCCUGAGCCAGCUGGAGCGACGGUGCAAAGCAUCAUGGGACAACCUGAAGGCCAUCGCCAAGCACGAGACCAAACCGGGCCUGAAGAGCAAGCUGACGGACUUCCUGAAGGACAGCUCCCGGAAGAUCCACGUUCUGAAGGUGGUGCACAGACGCAUACUCCACAGGUUCCGCUCCUUCCUGCUGUUCCUGGGCUACCCGCCGGCGGCCGCGCGGGACAUGAAGGUGACAGGGUUCUGCCGGCUCCUGCGGGAGUUCGCCCUGGAGUACCGCACGUGCCGAGAGCGUGUCCUGCAGCAGCAGCGCAAACGGGCCGCGCACCGCGAGAGGAACAAGACCCGGGGCCGGAUGAUCACGGAGAUGGAGCGAUUCUCCGGCAUGGCCGACAGCCCUGAGGCAAGCCCCUCUCCAGCUGUGGGCUCGGCCUGCCCGGAGCAGCAGGCGGAUGCAGGCCACGAGACCAUGAAGAGCGUGUUGAGCUCAGCUGUGGAGCCCCAGAGCCGGCGCAGCAGGGCCAGCCGAGGCGUGGGCCGGUCAAGCCCCUCCGGAGGCUCCAUGCCCCAGGACGACAGCUCCGGCUCCCCGGCCGAUGUCUCGGAUGAAAUCAUGGAUCGCCUUGUGCAGUCCGUCACCCACAGCACCGGCCCACGGUCGGGCGCCGCCAAGGAGCGCAAGAGGUCACGUGUCAGCAGGAAGUCCCUGAGGCGGACUCUGAAGAGCGGCCUGAGUGAUGACUUGGUGCAGGCCCUGGGCCUGGCGCAAGCUCCCGGCAUGCAAGUGUGACGGUUGUCAUGGCCAGCGGAGCCGCUGCGGAAGGAGCCUGCCUAGAGCCCGCGAUGCCCCACUCCCCAGAGCGAGCGGGGCCAGGAACGCGCUGAGUGGGAGUCCGGCCAGCCCAGCCCAGCGCUCUGCAGCCUGGAGGAAGGCAGUCGCCGGGCAGGGCCAGUGCUUGGGGAGCACCGAGCCCCGGGGCCGCAGCCCAGCUCUCCUGGCACCACGGGAGCCCCUCUGAAGCCUCGCCUGCUGGUGCCACAAGAUGGGCACUCCCGCCACAGUGGCUACUGCUUCUCCCCACCCCCACCAUGGGCCUCCCUGCGUCCUGUCCCCCCCCCCCCCCCCACCCUUCCCUAUGGGCCGUCCAUCCGUCCCGUGCUUUCCUGCAGUGGGGCCGUGCGCCGAGUGGAUUUGCUCUGUGGACACUGUAGCGUUUGAUCCCUUUGCGGGUAGCUGGCAAGUGGGACGUGUGCUGUGGAUUAGUUUGGCUGGGCUCUGCAAAGAGACGCGCUGGCUGCGGCAGGGGCUUGGGCAUGGAUGGGCUGCAUGGCACUGCCAUCACAGCCGCUCCUGGGUGCAGACUCCAUCUCCUUGGGUUUGCCUCUCGCCCCUCCUGCCUUUCCCCUUCAGGUCACUGGAUUCCAGGGCUUCUCCGAGACUUUCCAGGGUCCCGCUAGGAAGUGAGUAGCAUUUCCCUAGUGGCUGGCACUGGCUGGCACCUGCGUCCUCCCUGGGUGCUGGUGAUGGGCGGGGUCUGCGUGUGCACUAGCUGAGCAGUGCAUGGAAGCCCCCCUCCCCUGGGGGAGCGCAGGGCUGGCUGGCUGCCUGGGAUGUGCAGUCUGACCCCCGGUACGGUGAGUCGGGUUGUGUGCGCUGUAGUCACCCUCCAGCAGCACCUGGGGUACGAAGGUCCCAGGGCAGUCACUGGGGCUGGUGCUGAUUGGACUGAAUAAAGACACCUGCUGUUGAUUGCUGCUCUGCGCAUCUCUGUUCAAUACAGCCGGGCAGGAGCCCAGCCCUGCCCAUCCCAGCUGUGUGCAAGGCCAGCGGCUCACUGAGCUCCGGUCGCCCGACGGUGUGCAGGGAGCUCCUCGUCCCACCCCUCUGAGCCGUGGGUCGCUGGCUAUGCUCCCAUCCCCCAGGGGCUGCGUUUGGGGCCCGCCAGCGGCACCUACCCUCUCCCUGAGCCCAGCUGCGUUUCGGCCCCUGGGGUUGUUGGUGCGGGCGUUGUGCGGGGAGGGCGGGUGCUGAGACGAAAGGCAUGGGGAGGCCAGGGUGAGGAGGGACCUACUCCAGUGGUGCCUGCUCCAAGCCAGGGGGUGUGCUGAGUGGCACCAGGAAAAGUCGUCUCCAGGCCACCCCCGUUCCCUGCAGAGCCCGGCCUGGCGUGGCAGAGGGGCUGGAGGUGGGUUCUGGGGGGAGGCUCAUAGAACCAUUCCAACGAGCCCAGGAGUCAGGCUGUCAGGCCCUAGAGAGAGGGUCUGUCCUGGUGUCGCUGUCUGCUGGCCCUGGGGGCCGGUGAUGCUACAGAAGUUUGGUCGUUACCCCAGCAAGCCCAAGGGCUUUUCCCGUUCCCCACAGCCAGCAGGGGCACUGGGUGCAGCCCUCCAGCAGCAAGGCCGCUAGGUUACACAGGGAGUCCAGAGCCCAGCUGGAAACCAUGAUGGGUGGGGGAGGGGGUGUGAAGUCUGGUGAAGAGUUCGGGCCUUUCAGUGCACCUGUCUGGGCCAGGCUGUGCUGCUGAUCAGGGCCGGGCAUCCUUCCUUACCCUUCUCCCACUGGUGACCAGCUGUGCACUGAAACCCAAGGUGGGGGGUUUUACCUGAGUGCUGCAGUUGGUCACUUGGGCAGGAGGCACCCACUGGGUAGCAAAAUACAGAGGGAAACUGAGGCACGCAUAGAAUUUAUAAAAAAAUAUUUCAGAAAAUUCCAACUGUGCCAUACAGAGCAGGGCGAGUGUUCAGUCGUAGGAAACCGCAGCCGGCCCUCGCGGACAUGGAGCGUAACUGACACAAUUCUCAGGCAAGUGUCCACAGGCUCUUUAAUGCUCACAAGUGAGGCCCUCAGUGCUACAUCUCAGCUCCAUCUCUGCUCGGACAUCAGAGAGGGGACCGUUGUCUGUGGGAGGAAAGUCAAGGGGUUUGGCUGGGUGGCCGAGUGGGUCAUCUGGGAGUAAAAACACUGCAUAUAGUAAGGCAGCGGAGUGUACAGUGGAGGUACCCUCAGUGCUGGAAGCCGGGUCAUAAACAAGGAAUUACUCAGUUAUUAAAAGAAAUUGGCUAUGAUUUUGACCCCUGCCCCUGGUGGGAGGAGUCACAUGACAGGGAGUAGAAGGGGCGUAGUCUGGACACCACAGAACUAAAUUUGGUGGUUGCAUAGGUAUAAGCGAUCAUGACAAUUUCAUUUACUAGGUCCAAACAGAAUGUAGUCAAAUCCAGGAAUAUAGAUACUUGAUGCUUUAAAAGGGCCAACUUCCGCAAAGUGAAAACAACCAAGAGCAAAACUGAGGGGGAGGAUAUAUUUAAACAUGCAAAUGUGGACGAUGAUUGGGAAUGGUUUAAGAAUGCUUUAUUAGAUGUGAAAAUAAACAGACACUGUCUGCAAUCACAAAAGAAGGCUUCAUCAAUAAAAAAAAAAAUCCUAGUGAAAAGGAGCGGUGAAAGAAGCAGCAAAAAUAUACAUAUAAAAAUGGGAAAGCUGAUACCAUGGAGUACAUAGCAGGUAAGAAAUGCAGACAAUUGAAAAGGGAAGCUAAAAGUAUCAGUGAAAAAUCUAUGGCAGUAGGACCAGGGGGAGAAUUUUCAAAAGUGCCUAAAUGAUUUAAGAGCCUCAAUCCCAUUUUAAAAAGUGACUUAGGUUAUUAGGGUCCUGAAAAGGUGUGUGAUCUGGAAAGCUCUUAACUGCACCAUACCAUGCGAGCCAGCAGGCAGGAGAAAAAGGCCAGGUCGGGGUGGGGCUGGGCUCUCUCCAGCCACCCAGCAUUUAACGGUGCCAUAAAGCAAUCCUUGUGGCAGCUUGGCGCACCUAAGCCUAGCAGGACCCCUCACUCCACAUAGAGCCUCCCUUCUCAGUCUCUGGGGUGCCUGCUGGGGAGUUGCUCUCUGGCCCAUUCAUCCUUGUUGCUGUGUUCCCUGCCACAGCUCAGUACCAUUGUAGCAUGUUGCCUGAGCCCCUGCCAGUUUUCAGAGUGCUGGGAGGCCACAUAUACCUUCUUUCCCCACCCCAGUAAUUACCAUCUUUAACACCGGGGGGGGAGGGCAUCUUUCUAAAGACCCUCUCCAGCUAACAGGAAAAGGAACGAGGCCUGUUACAAGGAAAGCCUGACGUUGCAAAUGCUUUAACUUUUCCUUCUUUUCUGUAUCUUUUAAUAAAAGGUUAAGAGGA